AAAAGCAUUUUAAUGAUAUAAGAUAAAUCGUGUUUAGUUAUUUGUAUAUAUGCACAUAAAUACUAUUAAAAGUCAUGUUUUUAUCUAAUGUGUUGUUAAAAAAAGCUAAAAGCAAAUUCAUUUUAGUAUUAUUAGAAAGCGUAGCAAGUGGUCACCGUGUUAUACGAUGUCGAGAAAGGGUAUCUGAUAAGUUGGAGGUAGUAAUAUUUGACCCUUAUGUUCAAGAUAAAGUGCUCUAUCGGGAGUGGAAGAAAAUUAAAAGUUUAUAAAUGUUAAUUUAGUAAAUGACUAACAUUAUGGU